AUGCAAAACCAAAGCUUUGUAACUGAAUUUAUCCUCCUGGGACUUUCACAGAAUCCACAUGUUCAGAAAAUUGUCUUUGUUAUAUUUCUGUUGAUCUACAUAGCCACUGUCUGUGGGAAUCUGCUGAUAGUGGCGACCAUCCUCAACAGUCCGACACUCUUGGGUUCCCCAAUGUACUUCUUCCUGGCCUUCCUGUCAUUCCUGGAUGCAUGCUUCUCUUCAGUUAUCACCCCUAAAAUUAUUGUGGAUUCCCUCUAUAAGAAGAAAACCAUCUCCUUUCGUGGCUGCAUGACCCAGCUCUUCGCUAGCCACUUCUUAUCUGGGACAGAAGUGAUUGUCCUCACAGCCAUGGCUUUUGACCGGUAUGUGGCCAUCUGCAAACCCUUGCACUACACUACUAUCAUGAACUCAAGGCUCUGUGGCAUUCUGAUUGGAGUGGCCUGGACAGGGGGCUUUCUGCAUUCCAUUAUACAAGUUCUCUUUACUUUUCGACUGCCAUUCUGUGGACCCAAUGUCAUUGAUCACUUUUUGUGUGACUUGUACCCCUUAUUGAAGCUUGCCUGCACCGAUACUUAUGUCUUUGGCCUUUUGGUGGUGGCCAACAGUGGGCUCAUUUGCAUCUUAAUCUUCUGUAUGUUGCUUGUGUCCUACGGGGUCAUCCUGUUCUCCCUGAGAAACCACAGCACUGAAGGACAGAGGAAAGCCCUCUCCACUUGUGGGUCUCAUGUUGCUGUUGUGGUUUUGUUCUUUGUCCCAUGCAUAUUCGAGUAUGCACGGCCUCCAACAUCUUUCUCCUUUGACAAAAUAGUGGAGACAUUCUACACAGUGCUAACUCCUUUACUCAAUCCCUUAAUUUACACUUUCAGGAAUAAGGAAGUGAAAAAUGCCAUGAGGAAACUGUGGAAUAGAUUAAUGGUGGUUUCUGUUGAAAAAUAA